AUGGAAGAUACUCAGUCGGUUGUCACACUCAUAGACUCUACAACCUCAAAGAUACAACAACUUCAGAAAGCGUUUGCUGAGCUUGAAAGUCACCGAGCCGUUACGCUUAACCUGAAAUGGAAACAGCUUGAAGAACAUUUUCAUGGGCUUGAGAAGUCCUUGAAAAGGCGUUUUAAUGAAUUGGAAGACCAAGAAAAAGAAUAUGAGACCAAAACAGUUAAAGCAAAAGAGUUGUUGGAAAAGCGUGAAGCUGCAGUUGUGGCCAAGGAACAAGCUUCAUUGGAGAGGCUCCAAGAGACUAGAGAUGCUGCACUCUUUGCAAUUGUUAAUGGUGUGGAGAAGCAUUCAAAGGCAUCUUCUGUCGAAUCUGCUGUUGAUAGCCAGGACCAAUUUGGGGAAUCUGUCGUGGAAGAGAAACCAGCUGAUGCCGUGGCUACUGAAAGUGUCUUAGAAGACAUGAAAAAGCCUUCUGAAAAUUACAACGUGGAGGUGAGGUUAUAUCCUCAGCUAGUCAAAUUAUGCCAGGAGAUGGAUUCAGAAGGUGUCCACAAAUUCAUAUCAGACAAUCGUAAGAAUCUUGCUGCUCUAAGGGAGGAAAUUCCCACUGCAUUAAGGGCAGCAGUUGACCCUGCUUGUCUGGUUUUGGACUCACUCAAGGAUUUCUACAACUCAGAACUGUCGAAUGUGGAUGGGAAAAAGGAUUCAAAUCUCUUAGGUCUACGCCGAACCUGCAUUAUGUUGAUGGAGUGUCUCGGCCUUUUAUUAACUGACCCAGAUCUGGAUUUUGCUUCUGGCAUGGUCUCUGAAAAUGUUAAGGAACGAGCAAAGGCUAUUGCCGAAGAGUGGAAACCAAGAUUGGCUGAACUUGACGUGGAUGCCAGCAGUGGAAACUCCUUGGAGGCUCAUGCAUUCUUGCAACUUCUUGCUACUUUUGGUGUCAAUUCUAAUUUUGACCAGGAAGAUUUAUCCAAGCUAAUACCUAUGGUUUCACGUCGUCGGCAAACAGCUGAUCUUUGUCGCUCCCUUGGAUUGACAGAUAAAAUGCCAGGUGUAAUUGAUGUGUUGGUGAAUAAUGGGAGGCAGAUUGAUGCUGUUAAUUUAGCUUUUGCAUUUGAGCUUACAGAGCAGUUUCCCCCCGUCUCAUUACUGAAAUGCUACUUGGCAGAGGCAAAGAAAGUGUCUUCACCUGUUAAACCUGGCAAUACAUCUCCUAGUGUACAGAUUGAAGUCAAUGAAAGGGAGCUGAUUGCACUUAAGGCUGUGAUCAAAUGCAUCGAAGACCACAAGCUUGAGGAACAUUAUCCCUUGGACCCGCUCCAAAAACAGGUUCUCCAGCUUGAGAAGGCGAAGGCAGACAAGAAAAGGGCAACAGAAGUUGCAAAACCUCAACCCAAAAGACCCCGAGCUAAUGGUGUAGGAUAUGGACCCAGAGUCACUAAUGUAGCCACUGACAAGAACUUCUAUGCCAGAAUUACUGAUAGUAGGUAUCCUCAGUACAUGUACGACAGGCCUUAUGCUUACCUCAGACCAUCUGACAACCAUGUUCCUUCAUUUGUGGGUGCGGCGACUUACAACCUAUCUCCUGCUCAUGGCAACUACUUUGGCAAUGGCUACCAGUACCAGGCCCCUUAUAUGCACUAA